UUUCUCUGGUUUGUAUCUCCUCUCCAUUUCCCCAUUUUCUCAUCAUCUAUGCUCCUUCGCGUUUCAAUCUUCACCAUAAUCAAUCAUGGGUCAGCAAGAAUUGAUCUACAGUUUCGUCGCCAGAGGCACCACAAUUUUGGUCGAGUACACUGAAUUCAAAGGGAAUUUCACCACCAUUGCUUCCCAGUGUUUGCAGAAGCUUCCCGCUUCCAGUAACAAAUUCACUUACAACUGCGAUGGCCAUACCUUCAAUUAUCACGUCGAAAAUGGAUUCACCUAUUGUGUUGUUGCUGUGGAAUCUACUGGUAGACAGCUUCCCAUUGCGUUUCUGGAGCGUGUUAAGGAAGAUUUCAACAAAAGAUAUGGAGGGGGCAAAGCUACAACUGCAGGCGAACAUAGCCUCAACAAGGAGUUUGGCCCCAAACUGAAAGAGCAUAUGCAGUAUUGUGUCGAUCACCCUGACGAAGUGAACAACCUCGCUAAGGUCCAGUCUCAAGUUUCUGAAGUAAAAGGUGUUAUGAUUGAAAAUAUUGAAAAGGUUCUCGACCGAGGGGAGAAGAUUGAAUUGCUUGUUGACAAAACUGAGGAUCUAAGGUCACAGGCCCAGGAUUUUAAAGCAAAAGGAACACAGCUGAAGAGGAAUAUGUGGUUUGAGAAUAUGAAGAUCAAGCUGAUUGUGAUUGGCCUCUUGAUACUUAUAGCUCUCCUCAUCUGGGUUUCUAUCUGCCAUGGUUUCAAAUGUUGAUGCAAGUAUACAUGCUCUGCAUUUUUAAACCAGUUCUUUUCUCUUGGUCUGCAACUUGAGAUUUGCUCUGAUUCAGAGAUGAAAUAUAGGUGAUUAGUAGCAGAUUAGAUUUUUUUGCUGAUGGUUCUUGUUUCUAGACGGUUUAUUGCUGUAUUUUUGUUCUUCUUUCAAUUACAUUUCGUCCCUCUCUUGCUCUCUU